AACGAUUAUAAUGGAAUUAUUACCAAAAUUAUCACAAAAUUUACUCGAAAUUUUGGAUGAUGACGAAUAUUAUGACAUUACAAUUGAAGUUGGUAAUGACCCUUACGUAAAAGUAUUUCGUGCUCAUAUGGUUAUUUUAAAUUAUCGUUCUCCUUAUUUGCGAAGAAUUUUAUCAACAAAUAAAAAGGAAAAUGACGGAACAUUGAUAUAUUUAUGGAGGAAAACUUUCGUUGGAUGAAUGUGAUACUUUAGAUAUCAUUAAGGUUUUAGUCACCGCAAGUGAACUAAGUCUUCACGAAUUGAUUCCUCGUUUACAAUCAUUUUUAAUUAAUAAUAAAGCAAGCUGGAUGGAACAAAAUUUUAGUUUGAUAUAUCAGAUUAGCUUUGAAAAUGAUGCCUUCUUGGAACUUCAAAAGUUUUGUACAAAAUUAAUGUCUAAAGAACCAGAAAAAAUAUUCAAUUCACCUGAUUUCACUUCAAUUUCAGAAAAAUCUUUAAUCUCAAUUAUUCAAAAUGAUAACCUACAAAUAAGUGAAGUUCAAAUUUGGGAACAUGUGUUUAAAUGGGGUAUUGCUCAGAAUCCUGGACUUUCUUCUGAUCCUUUAAGUUAUUCAAACGAUGAUUUUGUCGCCUUAAAGAAUACUUUGCAACAAUGUAUUCCUUUUAUCAAAUUUAUUAAAUUUACUUCUAAGGAAUUUUUAAACAAAGUAUAUCCUUAUAAAAUGAUUAUGCCUGAAAGGUUAUAUGAAAACUUAAAUAAAUGGUUUUUGAAUAACGAUUAUAAUCCAAGUAAUAAAUUAAAGCCACAAGAGGUUAAAGAAAUCAGUUAUAAAAUGAAUAAUAAUGACUAUAACCCAAUCAGCAAAUUAGAACUACAGACAGUUAAGGUUAGUCAUGAAAUCAAUAAUGAUUAUAACCCAAGUAUCAAGUUAGAAUCACAGAUAAUUAUUGAUUCAAAAAUUAUUACAAUUCAACAUGCAGUAUUAAUUUCAAAAUGGAUCGAUAAGUUAAAGGUUGAGCAUGCGAUGAAAAAUCUUUAUGAGUUUAAAUUAAUUUUUCGUGGAUCUCGUGAUGGAUUUACCCCUAAAAAAUUUCAUAAUAUUUGUGAUGAUCAAUCUCGUACCGUGGCAAUUAUUAAAGUGAAAGAUAGUAGUGAAAUUCUUGGAGGAUAUAAUCCUAUUAAAUGGAAAUCUGAUUAUGGUCACGGCGCUACCAAUGAUAGUUUUAUAUUUUCUUUUAUGAAAAAUAUUAAUGAGUAUAUUAUAAGUCGAGUGAAAGAAAAAGAGAAUGCCAUAAAUUAUUGGGAACGUUAUGGUCCAUCAUUUGGUUUUGGAGAUCUUAUAAUAUUUGGAGGUAAUGUAAAUGAUUUUAAAAAUGGUAAUAAUUAUUGUAAAAAGAAAACUUAUGAAAAAAAUAUCAGAGAAACAGAGAAUACAUUUUCUGUAGAAGAAUAUGAAAUAUUUCAAAUUAUAAAAAAAAUUAAUAUUUGAGAUUCUAUGCUUUCUUUAUAGCAAUUUUCAUUUACUGCAUUUUAUAAUAAUAAUAAUUUAAUUAGUCUAAAGAGAUCAAUUGGUAUUCUAAAUUUUUUUUCAUUAUAUAUCUAUACAAAUUAUAACAUUUAUUAGUGCUAGUAUUUAUUUUAAUGCUGAGACAAGUUUUUAUUUUUGAAUGCUAUAAUCAUCGUGUUUUCUAUUUUUUUUUUGGUAAAACUGUAAAAAAUUAUACAAAUCAUAUUCUUUUUUGCUAGAGUUCACUGGGUGUAAAACAAUCAGAUUGCAAUCUGUAAUAAUUGUAAUAAUUUUUUAAUGAUUUUUUAUAAUAAAUUUUUUAAUUAUAGCUCAGAUAAGGCCUUUAAGUAUUCAGAAAUUCAAA